CACUCUUCUCAGUCGCUUUUGGAUUCACACUACUCUCUUACUUCUUGUUUUUGAAUCCCCGCCUUCAAAAUGGGUGUUCCAGGCAGUAAUAUUCAGGAUCUUGAACGCCAACGCCUCGAACUUGAGAACAAUAUCCUACAGUUACAACGAUCCCUUUACCACUGGAGAACAUGGGAAGCCGAAUACGAUGGUUUGAAGGAGGAAAUCGGUGAACUGGAUGAUGCAGCUACCCCAGAAGAUUUCCUUCAAGUCAGUCGCGACUUUGGCGGAACAUUGGUCAACGAAGAGGAACUUCGAGUGCUCAUCGGGGAGAAACAGGGUCUGAAACGAAGCAGGCAACAAGUGGUUGAUCUCAUAUCCAGACGUGUUGAUUACGUGAAGAAUAAUGUUGCGACUAUUGAAAAGAGACUGCAUGCGGCUGAAAACCAGUUAAAUGUUCUGGACUCUGUUGAGCAAGUCCCGGGGGAACCGACGGCCGAUUUUCCUAUGAAGGAGAUCAUCGAAGAGCUUGAUGAAAAUGGAGACGUUAUUUCAGGCACAACUGCGGCUCCUGGAGACCAGGCAUCGGAUCUUUUAGAGCUCUUGAAUCAGGCCGGUGUGAAGGAUAUACCCGAAUUUUCGAAAACAGACACACCGGCCGCAAGCACUGGGCCGUUACCAGAGUCUUUUGCGAAUGAUAACUUCGUGCCCAAAGAUGAGCCUCAAGGACAUGAUUCCGCAACUGCAGACGUGUCUGCUCCCGCAGAAGUCAAUGGACUACAGACGCCGAGAUCUUCAGCCGAAUCUGAUAAAGAAGUCCCUAUUGUGGACGUUAUUGAACCACCUGAAGAUGCCCGGCUCCGGCGUGAAAUGUUGCGGUAUGGUCUAGAUGAGGUCGGUGCCGUUGUUGCCGAGCUUGAACUAGAUGAUGAUGCAAGCGAGAUAUCUAUCGAUGAAGAGUAUGAUUCAUACGCAGAAGAUGAUGACGAAGAAGAGGAAGAUGAGUUUGGACGGAGCGUCCGGCCUGUUCUAGACGAUGACUACCACCGCCAGAUGCGUGAGCUCGAGGCAAAACUGAACGCCCGGGGUAUGUGGAAUGUGGGCAAGGACAUUGGGACGCUUCCCGAGGACGUCAAGGAGGAGCUCGAGCAACCUCUCAAGAUCAAGAUAGAAAAGGAGCCCGGGUCAAAUGAGGGUCCAGUUGCCGAAAGGAAACCGAAAAAGAAGGUUGCCUUUGCUGAUGAUCUUGAUAUUGCACCGGCUCCCAGACCACUUGUUAAAGAAAACAAAACCAUCGCACCCAGACAGAGUGAUAUUCCUGUCUUGUCAGAUUCUAUUGUUGAACGUACGGAACCCGCAGAGAAGAGCGUUGCUACAAACGGUCCGUCGAAGAAAGUGUCCCGCUUUAAAACGGCUCGAAACACAGACAAUCCAGCGGAGAAAUCUGCUUCUUUCAGCGGCAAUUCCCGACCAGUUGAGCUUCGCUCCUCUCAGAGCAAGCCAACUACAUCCUCGCCGUCCACACCACUGCCCUUAUUCCCUGCCCGACCAGCAGAGCCAAAGCCUUUUUCUCAGCCCAUUUCGGACAUUACUGAGCAAUCCCCAGCUGGCCCCCAAACAGGAAAGAUCCUCGCGGAUACCCUUGUUGAGCGCGACACCUCCGAAGGAACCGCAAUGCCACCUGAGCCUGAUGAGCUCGAUGAACAGCUUCACAGAAAAGAGAUCGCCACCGAGUUCUACCGGAUGAGAAACCGAAUGAUCAAACAAAAUGGCGGUUUCGUGGACAAUGAGCCAGAAACAGUGCCAGUUGACCCCGAGGAGACCCCACGAGUUAGCAAAUUCCGAGCUGCACGGAUGAGGUAGCUCAUGUAUGACAAAAUUGAAUAGAAAACAAACACACGUUUAGACCACCGAUUGUACG